UCCCGGAGUGAGGUCGAGGCCUCUCGCCUGGGUGCUGAAUUGGAUCGCGAGGAUGCGUCCGAGCGCGAACGUCUAGGUGUCGACGAGCUACCCGUCGCAGGUUCCUCCGAAUCCGAGGUUGUGCCUGACCUGCAGGCCCUAGGUCACGUGGACCUGAUUGAUUGGGAUUUUGUCUUUCCGUCUGGUCCUGUGGAUUGGGAUGCUGUCCCGGGUUUCGGGGUUUCAAGUGGUGAGUGGUGCCUUCUUGGGUCGUUCUCGUUUCUUUGGUUGACUUGCUCGAAGUUCCAGUUCCUGGUGGUACACCUGGAGAGGUUCGUGGCAGUCCUGGAGGUUCUUGACUGGUUCCCAAGUGUUUUCCUCAUGUCCAUAGUUUUCCCAUUUAACCAAAUAUUCUGUUUUUCCAUGGUUUCGCCUGUGGUCGAGUAUUUGUUCGACUUCGUAAACUCCUUCUGCGUCGAUCUCGAUUGUUUCUUGUGUGACAGCGCCGCGUGGUGCUGGUUCCAACAAUGA